CACCUUUUUUUUUAUUUUUUGUUUCCAGUAUAUUAUUAAGUAUAAUAACCUUAAAAGCUGAGAGAAGGAAAGCGCAUGCGCUUGCCAAGUUUCUCAUUGAGGGUUUUAUUGGAUGGAAGGAAACAGAUAAGAUCAAACAUAAAAGGACGCAUUUACCAACAAAAAAAAAAAGGAAAAUGUAAACAAAUAGAAGGACGCUGUGCGAGUCUCCAAGUCAUGAUCAAACGGCUUUCUGACUUCUGAGCUGGAGUAACAACUCAUAAUCCAGCUGCUUCUUUGAAUCAUUGUCUGAGACUCUGUGUGUGAGUGUCUCUCGCAGUCAGUCUCAGCUUCUUCUUUUUCGUUGUGCUUGCUGGCCUAGCUAUUGAAAUUGCUAAACGUACAUACUGAAUAUUUUUGGGCCUCUUGGUUCCUUAAAUUGAAGAUAUGGACGGCAUCAACGUUCGUGAUCAUGGUAAAACUCUUGAUGGUAAGAGGAGUAAAGUCCAAUGCAACUACUGUGCUAAAGUUAUGAGUGGUUUCUUCCGUUUAAAGUGCCACUUAGGAGGUAUAAGGGGAGAUGUAACACCAUGUGAAAAGGCUCCAGCUAAUGUGAAGGAACUUUUAAGAAACAGGUUACUAGAAAGAAAACGAGAGAAUAUUGGGAAGGAAGUUGGAAAGCUUUGUCAUCCAGAUCUUCCAUUAAAGAGAAAUUCAUCUCCCAACUCCACAAGUGUCAGCCAUAAUAAGCGGCAAAACACUCGAAGCUUCAUUACAGAGGGUGUUACUAUUCCUUCUGGAAGUAAAGAUUCACAGACAGCUAGCAAUGAUGAAACAAAAGAAGAUUCAGCAUCAAGGAAAGUCCUAAGAUGCAUUGGUCGAUUUUUUUAUGAAACAGGUUUAGAUUUCAGUGCUGUUAAUUCUGUUAGCUUCAAAGGAAUAAUAAACGCUACGCUUGAUCUCAGUCAGGUGGAGUACGAGGCUCCUAGUUGUCAAGAGUUGAAAGGGUGGAUCCUUCAAGCUGAAGUGAAGGAGAUGCAAGAAUAUGUUAAAAAUAUUAGAAAAUCAUGGGCAACCACAGGGUGUAGCAUCUUGUUGGAUGGAUGGGUUGAUGAAAAGGGCCGACACCUGGUUAGCUUUUUGGUUGAUUGCCCUCAAGGCCCAAUGUAUCUUAAUUCAUAUGAUAUUUCACCUUUCAUGGGUAAUAUUGAAGCAUUACAAUUGCUCUUGGAGCAAAUCAUUGAGGAGCUUGGGGUUGAGAAUGUAAUUCAAGUUGUCGCAUAUUCUACCACAGGUUGGCUUGAGGCUCUAGGAAAACAAUUUAUGGAUAGGUGCAAAGGAGUCUUUUGGACUGUGAGUUCAUCUCAUUGCAUCGAGAUCAUGCUAGAGAAGAUUGGGAUGAUUGACACCAUCAGAGAAACAUUAGAUAAGAUCAAGAUCAUUACCAAGUUCAUUCACAGCCAUGCAACAGUGUUGAAGCUUUGGAAGAAACAUGCUCAUGGUGAUGACAUAAUUAAGCCCUCGAAGAUAAGAUCAGCAAUGCCCUUUAUGACUUUGGAGUAUAUUGUAUCAGCAAAACAGAAAUUAGAAGACAUGUUUGCUUCUCCCGAAUGGAACAUGUCAGUCUGGGCUUCUCGAGUGGAGGGUAAGAGGGUAGCUAAUUUAGUGGGAAAUCAUUCUUUCUGGGUUGAAGCUGAGAUUGUCUCAAAAGCAACUAUUCCACUGGUGCGCUUGCUGAGUUUGAUCUUAAAGGCUGAUAAGCCACUGGUAGGAUACAUAUAUGAAACCAUGGAUCAAGCGAAGGAAACUAUUAAGGAAGAAUUGAAAAAUAAACGAUCCCAUUACAUGCCUAUUUGGCAAGUAAUUGAUGAGAUUUGGGACAAUUACCUCCAUAGCCCUCUCCAUGCUGCAGGAUAUUAUCUAAACCCAAGCCUCUUUUAUUCAAGUAAUUUCUAUGGUGAUGCGGAAGUUGCCUUCGGCCUUUUGUGCUGUAUUGUUCGCAUGGUGAAGAAUCAAAAAAGUCAAGACUUGAUAUCACAGCAGCUAGACGAGUAUAGAAAUGCUAAAGGUUGUUUUCAGGAGGGGAGUGCGAUUGGCCCAAGGACCACCAUUAGUCCAGCCAAUUGGUGGUCAUCUUAUGGACAACAUCAUCCAGAGUUGCAGAAGUUUGCUGUUCGAAUUUUGAGCCAGAACUGUGAUGGUGCAUCUAAGUAUGGGCUUAAAAGGACAAUGGCUGAGAAGCUGCUUACAAAUGGAAGGAACCCUAUUGAGCAACAACGACUGAGCGAUCUUACAUUUGUUCAUUAUAAUUUACAACUGCAGCAGUUUAAGUCGCCCAUGAAGAGUGACAUUUUGGCUGAAGAAGUUGAUCCAAUGGAUGAUUGGAUUGUUGAUGAAGCACCAGAGUCUGUCUGCCUAACUGGUGACUCAUCAUGGAUGGGCUUGGAUUCUGCUGAAGCGGAUAUUGAUCAGAGAGGACCUUCCAGAUUUGAAGCAAAGAAAGAACCGAGGUAAGAUUAUACAAAAAGAUAUAAAUUGGUUAGAGAUAAAGCGAAUGUUGACAAAUUUUGAUGUGACUGUAGUCACAGUCUCUGGUUAUAUAUAUUUCUUUUGGGUUAAAAAAAAAAAAAGUAUAAAUUUUUUCUCUUGUUA